AUGUUGCUCUCGUCUUCUCACUCUCGUCCUCAUCAUCAGCCACUUCACGUGCAAACAAACUUUUCACAGACUCAAUUCGGCUCUCCGGUGUCCCCAGUGUACGGUAGUUGUGCGACUUGGCCAUCGGCCGGUGAAGUCGAAGAGACGCCUCAUCAAGCCGCUUCGCUAUCGACGGCUGGCCGCUUAUCAGCGAGCCUUGAAAGUCUCGACAUGGAUGAGCUCUUCGGCUCACGACAAGCCUCGCCUGAAGUAGGCCCAUCCACAUCGAGGGGCUCUCAUCGACGAAUGUCCCGUCGAUCGGCUUCAAUCCUUCACAAACGGGAUACCGAUCUCGAGCGACUCAUUGACGACUUGCUAACAGUCGAGAAAAACCAGAAUCAAUCUCAAACGGGCACCCCGCAACCUGGGGAACACUCGGUGGAUCCAGCAUCGACACCGCAUUUCUUCCCGACUUGUGACGACGUUUCACAGGCUCCAUCCACCACUCCACCACUUGAAGCGCCGCCUAUGGAUCAAAAAAUGUUGACUCAAAUUAAAACUGAGCCAAUGGGAUCGUUGGCAUUCGGCGCUGGACCUGGCUAUAUGCCACAAUAUCAAGGAAAUCGCUUCUUUAAUCACUUAAACACGUUACCGUCUCCGUUUCAACAAUGCGACUUUCCCAUGCCACCACCUACUGGAUUAGCUCCAUACCAGAAUCUUUUCUGUCCACAGAGUGUACCUUUUGCUCAACUAGAUGCGAGACGAGGAAGCCAUGGAACGAUCAGCUCAACUCCAUCUUCUCAUACAACUGCAUCGACUCCAAUUCAACCGACAAGUCCUGGAUAUCAACAAACUACUCAUCCAUUUUUCCGUCUUGGAAUGUUUGCUCAGCAAGAGUUUCCCACUUCGUCUCAAGCUGGUGAAGAUGAUCAAGAGAAGUUGUGUGCUGUAUGCAGCGACAAAGCGGUUUGUUUGCACUAUGGAGCACGGACAUGUGAAGGAUGCAAGGGUUUCUUCAAGCGAACUGUUCAGAAAAAGGCGAAAUAUGUCUGUGCGGGGAACAAGAAUUGCCCAAUUGAUAAGAGAUAUCGAUCUCGUUGCCAAUACUGUCGCUAUCAGAAAUGCCUUCAAGUGGGCAUGGUGAAAGAAAUUGUUCGCAAUGGUUCACUGGCUGGUCGACGAGGUCGACUCUCAUCAAAAACAAAAUCAAACCAAACUGAUGGCCCUCCAUCACCAGCGCUUCCACUUCUCUCGCUUCUCGUCAAAUCUUUCGAUCUUGCCAAAGAGAGCUCACAAACAGCACUGCAAAUUAAGAAUCCCUCAUUGCCUCAACUCUUUCAACUUUUGGAUGCGGAAUUCCGGGGAAUUGCUCGUUUCAUUCAGCACAUCCCGCACAUUAACGAUAUCGGCAAAGACGAUCUCGCCCUAAUGGCUCAUCGAUCAUUCUUCCCGAUUUUUGCCACAAAAAUUGUAAUGAGAAGCACUGAAGACGAGUUUAUCUUUGAGAGCGGUGAGCGUGUGCCAAUUGGCGCGAUACCGGAGCCGUUUGCCGCAUUUUUUCAUACAUUGGCACUCGAGUGGCGACCAUUUCGUCAAAGCAUUGACUGGGAGCCGCCAAGCUUUUGUGCUUUACUGGCUCUUCAACUUUUCUCAAGCAAUAAUGAAACGAAUUCAAUGGGUUUUGGAACAAAGCCACAUGUGGACAAGACACAAAGCACAAUUGUCAAUGCGUUGAAAGAUCAUUGUGCGACAGGCACUCAGCCGAGCAAGCUAGCCAAAAUUGUGCAACAGAUUGAGAAGUUUGAUGUAAUGAAUCGAAUGGGAUUGGAUGCUUUGGGGAACUGUUUACGACAAGGCCUCGUUUUACCUCCAUCUCUACAGAUCGUAUGUGAUUGUUUCCGAGCCGAUCCUCAAUCGAUGGCUAUUUCACAAGCGCCUAUCACAAUGCACGGUGAUUUCAUCCCGCAACCUCAAAUGUUCGACAAGAGACUUGGUUUUAUGAUU